AUGCCGCCCGAAAGAGUCCUCUCAAUUAAAGAGAUUACAGAACAAGCCAAUUAUGGAGUUAAAGUAUACCCAAACAUUACGCUUAAAACGCACUUGCGUACCGUCAAUACUUUGGCUCAGCAGGCGAAUAGUUAUAAGCAAGAAGGAAAUUUUCAAGAAGCAUACAAGUUUUAUAUGAGAUUUGCAAUAAUGGCACUUGAAAAAUUACCAAGCGAACAUCCGGAAUACAAAAAACCAAAAUAUAAAGCCGAUAUAAGCGCGUUGAAAAAGAAAUUAUCUUAUCCUGGAGUAUCCAAUUAUAAUCAAAGUGAUGGCUACACGUAUACCGUUAGUCAUCAAAUAGACUCUUCAGUCACACCUCCAAAACCACCUGCGAAAAUUCCUCCCCUCUUCGAUAAUGGUCAACCAAUAUUACAUCACCAGGUUCAAAUGCCACACACGAUAUCUCCACCAAUAACUUAUGAAAUGCCAACGCCAAUAAUACAAGAAAAGCGCCAAAUUACACCACCAGCUAUACCAGAAAAAAUACCCUCACCUCCAUACUCAGCCAUUGCGCCUCCUGCUUUACCUCCAAAAGUUCCACGUGACACUGAACCUAUAUUAUUUCCGAGCCCUCCUUUACCUCCCAAACCUAGUGAAUAUCAGAUUGAUGGUUACCCUUCAAAUAAACCUGAUCUACCUAUAAAAGGAGAUAGUCUUGAUUUAAUUCAUGAAUUCCAAGACUAUACGGAAGGAGGCGAACCUCUUCGUCGAGUUUCAAUACCUUUUGACUUAACCAAAAAGUUUUUGGAUAUUGCUUCGCAAAAUACAAGAAAUAAUUUGGAAACAUGUGGAAUCCUUACUGGGACUUUGUCGCAAAAUGCCUUCGCUAUUAAAACUCUUAUCAUUCCAAAACAAACCGCAACAUCAGAUACUUGCGAGGUUACAAAUGAAGAAGAAUACUGUGAAUAUGUUGGAGAUGAUUUACUGUAUUCUUUACCAGAAUCAAUUGCAAUAGUGUGUGCACCAAAAUAUGAUGAGGUUGGAAUUUUCCGACUUACUAAUCCACCAGGAUUAGAUACAAUUCUUCAAUGUAACGAAAGAGGUUUUCAUCCUCAUCCUAGUGAUAUUAAAAUAUACAAGAAUAUUAGUGACUUGCCAGGUCAUGUGGUGGUGGAGGAAAUGGAUUUAACAGUAAUUGAUCUACGAUAA